UAUGCUCUGAGAUUUCUGCUGCUCACUCACUGAGAGAGGAAUAACCCAUCAAUGCCAUAGGUGCCACUUGGACAUCUGGGCUUUCUUUGGGUGGAGACUACUUUGAGUUCCUGUGACAGUGAGUCAAGGGGCAGGAAGUCAACUCCUGUCAGAAUAAAAGAAGGCAAGUGCGGUUUCACCAGUUAAGGACAGAUACUACAUUGCUACAAGGAUGCCAAAAAGCCACAAGUUCCAGGUGUGAGAAAAUGCAUCUCCUUGGUAUUUUCCAGUUUCUCAUGCUGGGAUUAUCACUGACUGUGGCCUCUGAGAAAGGAACAUUUGAAUGUGAAUUUAGAAAGAACACAUGCAAUAUUGUGUCCUGUGGAUUACCAGGUCGAGAUGGGAACCAGGGUCCAAAAGGAGAAAAAGGAGACCAAGGUCGUCCUGGAAAAGCUGGCCCCACAGGGAUCAAAGGAGAUCUGGGCUCUAUGGGACCCAAAGGACCAAAAGGAGAAAAAGGAGAAAUUAGAGAACUUAUUCCACUUAAGUCACAAAUAACUGCUUUGCAAGGAGAAAUGAGGACACUGCAGGAUCUCAUGCAGAAAUAUAGAAAAGUUAUGAUAUUGCUUGGUGCCAAAACUGUGGAUGAUAAAUGGUUUGCAGUAGCAGCAUCUGAAGGGACAUUUGAAGAGGGAAAGAAAAUAUGUUCACAAAGGGGUGCCCUACUGGCAUCCCCUCAGAAUGCCAAGGAAAACAGAGCCCUACAAGAACUGGCUGAACAGUUUAACAGGAAAAUCCACCUGGGUAUGAGUGAUGAGAAGACUGAAGGUAGAUUCCAGUAUCAGAAUGGACAAAUUCUCAGCUAUACAAAUUGGGCAAAUGGUGAACCCAAUGGUGGAAGGAAUGAGAACUGUAUUGAACUUUACACCAAUGGUCAAUGGAAUGAUGAAUCAUGUACAGAAAAAAGACUAAUUGUUUGUGGAUUUUAGGUCAUACCAAAGUUUUAAAGGGGCAACUUGUUGAAUGGUGUUGCUACAUUCUCUUAAAGGAUUUCCUGUGUAGGGGUUCUAUCUUCAUCGAUGAGGUAAGGGCAAGAUUUGGUAUUUCUUUUGAUCCCUUAAAUAAGAUUCAUUACAAAUUUAGCUGACUUUAUGUCAUUAAGAGAAUUAAUUGAAGGAAAAGUUGCCACCAAGAUAUAGUACAAGCCUGUAAAUAAUGAAACAUGAUGUGCAUAGGGGAAUUCGAUGUAGAACUUUUUGACUAUGCUCUGAAGAAAUACACAAGAAAACAAUAGGAAGAAUCUGAUAAGAGAUGUAAAGAUAGGCAAUGGCCAAAGAGGGAAAAGCUAUUUAAAUUUGGAUUUUAAACAUUGUAGGUGACAGUUCAGAGACUAAGAUAUUAUUUUAAAAAUAAAGUAUUUCAAUAUCACAUGUUAUGACAUGAUA